AUGGAGCGAAUGGAUGUGGAUGACACGGUGGUAGACCUGAGCCUCGGUUCCGGCCGGUCGUCGCUCUCGAUCACGCCGUCGACGGCGCGCGACCUGAGAAAUUUGGCCAAAAACUCCGGCCUCACCAUCACGCCUGCUCUGCCGCCCAUGGUGGAACCACAUUCCAACUCAUGCUCAUCGUCGUCGAUCGGCCACAGUGCCAUCGCGAGCGCUAUCAGCGGCAAUGGGAGUGGUGGAUCGCAGGGAGCGGUCGGAGUCGGCUCGAUGGGCAACACGUCACCCAUCCCGGGGCGCCGUGUCCUGCGGCCGCGUACCGAGGUGAAGUCGUACGCGGAAGUGCCGGACAUUGUGCUGUUACCGGCAAAGGUGAAUGGUCGCUCGCAGAACGGUGGUGGCAGUGCCGGUUGCAACAGUGCCGGUACCGGGCUGUCCGAGUCCGAGGACGAAGAGAUGCCCCCGGUGUACCCAAUCAAAGAGCUGUCACCGUCUGAAAUCUGGGAGCGGGAGCGUGGCCUGCGGAAGCUGCGCGAGGAACUGCGAAGCGAAGAAACGAAGCUGGUGCUACUGAAGAAGCUGAAACAAUCGCAGCAGGUCAUGAUGAAGGAGAACCUGAUCGUCACGCCGACCAACGUGAACCAACUGUCCAAUCCGUUGGCCGCCAUUCCGGCUGCCCUGACCAAGGGUUCGCUGAGCGUGACGCCGACCAAUGCCGUCCCGCUGCCGGCACACUCGAAACCGUCGUCAAACAAACCGCUCAACAAUCCUCCAAAUAAUCGAGGCUCACCGUUACACAUAACGCCGGUUCCGAAGGGAAUGACCCAAAGACCAUCGUUGCCAGGCGGGGCCACCCUGACACCGAGCAGCCCCGGCCACCGGUUACCGAUCGGCCUGACCCGGGCCGGUUCCAAUCUCACCAUCACACCGUCGGUGACGAUCACACCGACCAACGCACCCACCGCAGCCAUGAAGCAGCGCAAUCUUCAGAACUUGGGGCAGCUUAGCAGUUCCGUGUCGAUCACUCCGACGCCACCGAUACCGGCGCAAAUCAGCUGUACCACCGUGGAACCGGUUUCGUUUAAGCGAGAUCGCGACCAAGUGAUCAGAGAGGAUCCGCAAAGUCAAGCUCAACGGCAAGCAUCGGCAAAAUUGGCGCUUCGCAAACAGUUAGAGAAAACCUUGCUUCAGAUUCCUCCGCCGAAGCCUCCGCCACCAGAAAUGCACUUCGUGCCGAAUCCGAGCAAUAUCGAGUUUGUCUAUCUGCUCGGCCUGGAGCACGUCGUUGACUAUCUGACCAAGGACAAGAAACCGAACCCACCGCAACAACCGUAUCGUUGCGCGCAGUGCAAGAUCGACUUCACGCCCGUGUGGAAAUGGGAAAAACAGGGUAAAAGAGGAAAUCCCACUUUUCAGAACAGUCCAGUCGGUAAAGAUCCAAAGGUCAUCUGCGAGCAGUGCGUAACGAGCAACGUGAAGAAGGCACUGAAGGCAGAGCACACGAACCGCCUGAAGACGGCCUUCGUAAAGGCCCUGCAGCAGGAGCAAGAGAUCGAGGCACGGCUCGCGGCCCAAAGUAGUCCAUCGCCGGUGGAGAUUCACCCUACACCAUCUUCAACGCCCGGCUUGCGGGAGCAGCGCGAACUGCGCGAACUGGAGCAUCAGCAGCAGCAGCAACAACAGGCUCAAGUCGCUGCGCUGCAACAGCUGCAGCAGCAACAGCAGCAGGCAGCGGCCGCCGCUGCCGCUGCUGCAGCCGCCGCGGCGCAACAAGAGCGGCAGGAAAGGCAGCAGCGCCAAAAAGAGCAGCAAGAGCAGAUACGCCAGCAGCAGCAACAAAUGCAACAACUACAGCAACAGCAACUACAGCAGCAGCAAUUGCAGCAACAACAGAUGCAGCAACAGCAGCUACAACAGUUUCAAGAGCAACAGCAGCAGCAACAGCAACAGAGCCGUCAUCAUCAUCUUCAUCAGCUGCAUGCCGCGCACCUGCAAUCGCAGGUACCAUCCAAGUCCAAAACGCCCACACCGACUCCACGCCCAACGCCGACGCCACCGAAUCAACACCAGACGCCACCGCCCUCGUCCAGCUCGCGUUCUAGCCGCCACAGUGCAACAGCGAAUGCAACGGCCGAAGCAGCCGCUGCCCAGUUGACGGCCCUUGCCGGGCUCGGAGGGCUCGGGCAACUCGGAGCUCUCGGCAACUUUGGUAGCUUGGGUAACUUGGCGAACCUUAGCAACUCUACCGCAGCGGCCGCCGCCGUCCAGGCGCUUCAUCAACAACUAUUCCGAGGAUUGCAACAAAACAUACAGGCUGGAAAUUUAAACAACCUAAACAGUCUGCAGGCUCAGAUGAUGCAGUUUUCGCCGCUCCUUUAUUCGUAUCAACUGGCUAUGGCGCAGGCAGCCGCUUCUUUAUCGGCGGCCGGUAAGGGAUCAUCGCUGGCGGACAUUCAGCGUGCGAUGGAGUUGCACCGGCAGUACCAGGAAAUGCUUUCGCAGUCUGGUCCCGGGCCGAGCAGCAGUCGGCAAAACAACUGGAAAUCGUAAUCCCACACAUCUCGUCUCUCCGUCUUUCCUUCGAUCCCCGUCACCGAAUCCCUUGCGAUGGAAAACGAUAUCAGAGUCGCCGUCGUGGCUGAACGUUCCUAACGAUCUUCGUUCCGUUCGUUUGAACUCUGGCUCCCGGGAGCACACUCUUGACGGGGGCUCCAACCGUUGAUGUGGAACGAAUACGUAAGUUUCAAUUUGACAGCAAAAUGGAACACAAACGACGCCACCUUCUGCGGCGGUCCUGGCGUGGCUAUAUGGCGCAGACUGACAGGCUUUAUGCUACAAAACGCGUUGAUCAUAUUAGCGAGUGAUGUUUUAGUGAUAAGAUAAAUUGUUUAUCCUUUUUUUUGUUUGUCUCCCGCUCUGGGCUUUCUCUCGUUCCUCUCAUUCAGUGGUCUGUAGAAACGAACGGUCGACGGUGGUGGCCACAUUCGACGGGGGAAACAUUCACUGUUUUUGUUUUUCCUUUUGUUAUGAAUGAAGGAAGCGGGCCGGAAUCGGGAGCAGCAAACAUAGAACGAAGCGAGAGCAUGAAUCUGUGUUUUUUCCUUUGUUAAAUUCAACCUAUCAAGGACUCGUUCACACGCAUCCCGUGCCUUCCGGGCGGAUGUCUCAUUUUGCCUUACAAUUAUUGCGUUAACAACCACACCGUAGUUUGCUUCUAGAAUGUGUGUGUGCGUGUUUUCCGUUUCGUUUACUAAUUUUUAGACGUAAUAUUUAGGCACCAUUCGUUUAAGGGGCUGGAAGGGCUUUCCUGAGCAAAUAGCUAACGGACCGAAUGUGUUUACGAGUAAGUAAACAAACUAUAGGAAGAAUGUGAGGUAAACAUUCAUACGUGCGAUCAGAACCUGAACCGUGAACUCGUUAACGAGUCGUUCUCUUCCGGACUUAUACAGCGCUACUAAGCUGUACGUUCUAACCUUUUACAGUCCGUUGUGUUCACAUGUUUUUUGACUCGCACUGAGUACAAUAAUUGGUUGAAUGUUAGUGCUGCGUGAAAACGUUCCCUUUUGUUUCUGGUUUGGUUUUUUUUUUCUUUUCAUAUCGAUAAUUCUAUGAACGAAUUCACGGUACUACACCACGAGCAUAGUGUUUUAUAAAAAGAAUUAUACAUCGACUGUGGUCGAUUUCUCGAGUCUAUAAUUUAUCAUCCUUUUUAUUUUGUCAGAAGUGCAUUACUGUUGAAUUGUUUUAAAUCCUGAAACGACCGAAACGAGACGUGAAAAUUAUUUAAAUUUAUUCUUGAUGAUAUCAUGUGGGGAUCAUGGCCAUCAGUAACACGGCGUCGUGGAUGAAUUGUUUCGUUUCCUUUUACACUACUCUACGUAUUGCAGUGAAGUUUGUGCUCACUGCAUCUUGUUCAGUUAUUUAUACGAUCUAUUAGCCCCCUUAAAACUCAGCUUAGGCAAGAUUUUUCAGUCAAAUAGUAUCCAAAUAGAUGAAAGUUCCCUCUUUUAAACAGUGUUCUCGACCACAGUCCACUCUGAAUUUGUACCCUAAAUUUUUAACGAUACAUUUUCAGAAGAAAAACUUUACAACAACCGUAGAAGAAAAUAACCACAUGCAAGUAAUUACAAUUUACUGAAUAGAUCGAGAAAUGCAUAAUCCCCUUUUGCAAAGCACGAGUGGAACGAGCCCCGUCCGCGUCCGCUUCAGACGAAGCAACGCAAACGACGCAGACGACGUACUUUGCAAAAUUUGUGAUAAACUUCUCGUCUUAACCCAGCUCGAACGAGAAGGCUUUAACGAGUUUGCUCAACAUGCUCGAGAUUUGAUUCUACAAAAUCGAACAACGUACUUCAGUAAUGAUGUUUUCGUGGGAGUAUGCAAACAUUACAAUUAAUCAAAACUAAAACGAAUAUUCAGCGGAGUGAACUAUGAGGCAAAAAAACACAGUCGUCGACCACGACGUCUUGGUCGUCGACUGAGACGUCGGAACGAAUCCUAUUAAAUAUAAAUUUCCUACAAAAAAGGCGCCGACCCAUUAUCAAGUAAGACGUGUGCAGCGGGCUAACUAGAGGCGGGCACGGUUUAGUAACCAUCUUAGAAAUUCCAUUCCCAUGCAACAACACCCCCCAGGUUCGGUGUUUGCGGCACAUGGGACAUAAAAACUAUUCCUUAACGAAAAUCAAGCGCGUAAGGUAUCCGUGUUGUGUACAUACGAUGGUUCCGAUUACUCCCGUUCGUUUUUGCCCGUAUAGUGUUUGUUUUGCUCUAAUUUAGCGAGAGGAACAAAAUCGAAUUCGAGACAUUUCGCACCGAGAGGAGAGGUGUUUGCCGGAGAGGAUGGGCGUCCGUCCGACGGGAAAGCAAAAGCACGGCUAUAGUACGAAAUGCGGUGGUCCUAAACUAGUGGUGCGUACUAACUGAUAAGCAACUGCAUGGCAAAACAACUAAAGAUUCGCCGCCCGCCACACUUGGGGCCGAAGCAAACCAAAAGAGGGCACAUGUGAACGACCGAACGCCACCGGCGGACGCAAGCAGCAGCCGAAUGGUGUUUGCAUCUCUUGAAAAAAUGUCGUUUCGUCGAAUAGAUGUGGGAAGAAGGAGAGAAAGAGAGAGAGAGUUUAGAUAAAAUUAGACAAAGUAAAGGCACCCUAAUUUAAGGACAGAAAGAAUGAAAAUUUAAGACAUAAAUACUUUAGGCAAAUAACAAAAAACACGUGUAAGGUUGAUUUAUGAAAGUUGGACGUAAAAUUAAACCGGCAAAGAGCGAAAAUUAGAGGGUGUGUGUUGUGCGAGAGCGAAAUAACAAAGAAAUUCUAAGUAAUAUUUUAAGUCUAGGCUAAAACGAAUUUGGAACGUAUAAAGAAUACGGAGAAUAAUGCACGGAAAAAGUAUGUCACCUGUGUGUUUCUAUUCGACUGUGUGUGCUCUGCUCGGAAAAUGGAAAGGAACAGAAAACUAGAGGAAAGAAACGAGAAAUGACACCAGAAUCUUGCGCUAAGGAGAAAACACACACACAAGCAAUAGAGCGCAGUGCGAACACAUUUCGGCUUAACGAAACACCUCAUCAAUCCUCCAAACAAACACACUGUACUUCACAAAAUGUUCUAGUUUUGUGGCGCAUUGCAACCAAAUGGUUCGUAUGGUUUUGGUUUUUGCUGCCCGCCUGAUUUACAUUUUCGGUCAAUGCACCAAAAUCAUCUUUCGUUAACAUCCUUUUUGUUUUCCUAUUUUGAUUCGGGUGCCUCUGGCUGCCAUGUGUGUGUUUAGGUUCGUUUUCUAAUACUUUAAACAUUCGAUGAUCAUUUUUCUUAAUUUUUUAGGACGUUUGAGUUCUCCGAUUUUUCCCGACCAAUCGUAGUAUCCGAAAAAACCGAAACUUAUCCUUUUUGUGAGACUACCUACUCUAUCAAAUGUCUACCAUAGUGUAGGAUCAUAAAGCAAGGAAAAUUAUCUCACACAAGUAAUCGUAACACACAGCUAACCGUUCACGGAAUCGUUCAAUUGCUACCAUUCUC